AAACAAAACAACGUAAGCCGACUGGGACUGGGAAAUGGAAAAUUGCCGUAAACAAACGUAGGAAUUACGGAAAAUAGUGUUUUAAGUAGUGUUUGACGUGUUUUUUCUCUAUCGUCAGUUUGUAGUCGUGUGUGGACUUUGUAACUGUAGUGGUUAUACUCUACUUCAUAUUUCUUUAAGUUAUAACAGCUCUCUUCCUCCAGCUUCUUUUCGGUCGCUUUUCUAAAAUGUAAUAUCAACUACGAUUCAUCCAAAUUCUUUGGAUGUACACAAGGUACUCGGAAAAGCUCAGAAGCAGUUUUUAUGAAGGAAAAGCAUGUUCCGAAGUCUGGAAAAUGCUAGGGCAGGAGUUGUCAGUCCCAAUGCUUUUAGAACAAUCGAAAUCACCAAACGCUCCUAUAAUUUACAGCUUAGUCAACUGCGCGAUAUCGAGAGCGUUCACACUGCUCUCAUUAACUCAAUUCAAGUUGACAAUAAAAUUGGGCGAUACAUGCUGUCAGGAUGUGCCGACGGCACAAUUUACAUCCACGAUCUUUUCAAUCUCUCUGGUUCUCCGUCACAUACAUGCAAAGCUGUUUGGAGAGAAAAGAAAGCUACCGUGAACUCCCACAAUGCAAGUGUUGAAACAGUGCAGUGGUAUCCAUUUGAUAUGGGGCUCUUUGUAACCAGUGGCUUGGACAAGAUUUUAAAGAUCUGGGAUGCUAAUACUUUGCAGCCAUGCUCAAAGAUCUCUGCCAAAGGACAAAUUUAUCAACAUCACAUGUCUCCUGUACCUGCAAAAAAUUGUGUCAUCGCCGUGGCAAGCAGUGAUCACAAUGUUGUUUUGUUCGAUCUGAGAAUCGGAAAUUGUACACAAGAACUUCGAGGCCACUCGAAUGCCGUCAUCUCUUGUGAGUGGUCUUCAAAUGAUGAGCACAUUCUUGCAACCGGAGGCUCUGACUCAAGGCUAUUGGUGUGGGAUAUUAGGUCUGCUAAGCAUUGUUUACUAAGCCUAGAUAUAGAAAGUAAAAACGCAGUCUUAGAUCAUAAAAAAGCCAACCGAGCGCAUGAUGGCUACAUAUCGAGUGUUAAAUUCAUCGACAACAGCACCUCUUUACUCUCGUUCGGCACAGACAAUAAACUAAGGCUAUGGAAUUUAGUUAGUGGAAAAAAUCAAGAGGUUGAUUACGGGAACAUAAAAAACAAUCGAAAGAAAAAAAUACAAAUCGAUGUCUCUCAAAAUUCUAAUCCUAGUGUAGUUUAUGUACCAUCUGAUGGAAAUAUUUUGAUUUUUGAAAUUAAAACUGGUGAUUUAGUCAAUACUCUCACCGGUCAUUAUAACAAAACGAAUUGUUGUUAUUUUGAUCCUAUUUAUUUAUACUUAUAUAGUGGUGGCUAUGAUCAAACAAUUUUGGUUUGGAGCGAUGACAACGUUCAGUACGUUGGAUAUACAGAUAGUAAAAAACCAGUCAGUUCCUCUAAAAGUAAGUUUGGAAGGCCUCAAAAACCGGUUGUUGAUCCUGAAUCGUUGCUAGAAGAUGCAUGGAGUGAUGAAGAUUGAAUUUGUUACUUAAUCUUUUUCACAAGUUUUUUGGAAUUUCCAUUUCCCCUAAUUUCUGGGAUUACAGAAAAAGCACAAUGAGAACUUCGCUCGUAAGGAGAACAAACUGCCUCGAUGCAAAGUUUGUAAAUGCCUUUCAUUAGUUUAUAGCCAACGGAGGAGCUCUUGCAUGCAAAAGGAACUUGCACUUUAAGUACUUUUUUUGGUGCAAAACUGGUUACAAGACGAUUUGUCCACUCAUUUUGUCCAGUAUUAAAAUUGGCUGUUGAUAAUCAAGCCAGUGGUCUAAAUUUUUUGUCCAGACAAGUAUCCCAAUAUUUCGGCCCAAAAAUUAGAUCUGGUCCAACGGAUUAACCACAGAUGGUAGAUGAAAUUUCAUUGCACGAAAAUGGAGGAUGAAAGUCAACAAAUUCCAAUUGUUUCACUGUUGAAAUUUCGAGGAUGGAAGUUCAUGAAUUUCAAGUGUUUCAUGAAAUUUUACUCUUCUGGUUGUAGUGUGUUGCACAAGAAUUGAUUUGUAACUCUCUGAUUCAAUGCAUAUAAAGGAUAAAAUAAUACCAUCAUAUGCAAUGUUAUAUUGCAUUAGUUAUUGUCUUAGACACUUUCAUGGAAAAGUUUUAAUACAACAAGAUUGCAUUCAAACCAACAAAUUUAUACGACAAAAAAAUGUGAUAGUCACAUUAAGUAUGGAUGAAAAAAAGCAUAUGAAUCGUCUUGUAACUGUAAAAUUUUGCAAGAAACUUGAUGGCGCCUCUUGUUUUGUCUGAAACAAACUCCUAAGCUCAAAAAGAGCUCUUAUAGUUGAGGCUGUGAUGGAGGAAAUCUCCCGUGUUAUGCUGAGAAUCUACCACUGCAUCCAAUCAAACUCUCCAUUCACAGAUAGGGAGUAAAUAAAUUAGCAGGGUGUCCCAGAAUGAAUUAAAUUUCAGCCUUUACUUGGUAGGUCAAUGCUCUUCUCCUCAUCUUAAACUUUUGAAGAGACGUAAAAAACUAAUUCAAGUUUACUUGUGAUGUCAUUUUAGUCGUCCUGUAAAAUCUUCUCUUGCUUUUGACUCUAUUUCACUUUAUACUGUCCCUUUUUGUGAUAUUUUGUACCUAAGUAUUAUUGAAGUUGUAAAUCUCAAAUGGCCGUUUGUUAAAAAGAUGUUGAUGUUGAGAAAAUUGGAGUUUGAGAUAGGUCUCUUCCUUUUUUCCCUUUGUCUGUCAAGUUUUAUUCUGUUCAUUUAUUGUUGAAGCAUUUUAAUACAUUGUCCUUUUACUUUUUA